GGACCGCUACAGCCGGACUGACUGCCUCCAGCUCCCACCCGCAACCAGGGGCUGCAGGAAUGACGGACAAUAUCCCCCUACAACCUGUGAGGCGACUCAAAAGACACGACAGCAAACACAGAAAUGGCUGCUGUCCAUGGUCAAGAUGCUGUGGUAUGGGGGACCUCCGUCCCCGCACCGUGUGGCUCGGCCACCCAGAAAAAAGGGAGCAGAGGUACCCGAAGAAUGUCAUUAACAACCAGAAGUACAACUUCUUCACCUUCCUUCCUGGGGUGCUGUUCAAUCAGUUCAAGUACUUCUUCAACUUGUACUUUUUGCUGCUGGCCUGCUCGCAGUUUGUUGAGGAGUUGCGUUUGGGUGCCCUGUACACAUACUGGGUCCCUUUGGGUCUUGUUUUGAUUAUCACAAUCAUGAGAGAGGCGAUUGAAGAAAUAAGAUGUUACCUUCGAGACAAAGAGGUGAACUCUCAGAUUUACAGCAAGCUUUCAACACGAGGCACAGUGAAGGUUAAAAGCAGUGGCAUUCAAGUGGGCGACCUUAUAAUUGUGGAAAAGAACCAACGUGUUCCUGCUGACAUGAUCUUUUUAAGAACCUCUGAAAGAAAUGGCUCCUGUUUCCUGCGGACGGACCAGCUGGACGGAGAGACGGACUGGAAACUACGCCUCCCUGUGGCCUGCACCCAGAGGCUGCCGACUGCUGCUGAUCUUCUCCUCAUCAGAUCCUACGUGUAUGCAGAAGAACCAAACAUUGAUAUUCAUAACUUUAUUGGAACUUUCACCAGGGAGGAUGGAGACCCACCUGUUAAUGAAAGUCUCAGCAUUGAGAACACCCUUUGGGCCAGCACCGUUGUUGCUUCUGGCACAGUGGUGGGGGUUGUGAUCUACACAGGCAAGGAGCUGCGCAGUGUCAUGAACACCUCCAACCCAAGACACAAGGUGGGUUUGUUUGACCUGGAGGUGAACUGUCUGACCAAGAUCUUGUUCGGGGCCCUGGUUGUGGUGUCACUGGUCAUGGUGGCCCUCCAGCACUUUGCUGGCCGUUGGUACCUGCAGAUCUUUCGCUUCUUGCUUCUCUUCUCCCACAUUGUGCCCAUAAGUCUGCGUGUUAACCUGGAUAUGGGAAAGAUGGUUUUCAGCUGGAUGAUUAAGAAAGACUCGAAGAUCCCAGGAACGGUGGUGAGGGCCAGCACCAUACCAGAGCAGCUUGGACGCAUCUCCUACCUGCUGACUGAUAAAACAGGUACACUAACCCUGAACGAGAUGGUAUUCAGGCGGCUCCAUCUUGGGACUGUGGCUUACGGGAUGGACUCUAUGGAUGAAGUUCAGAGCCAUGUAUUUAGCGCCUACACACAAGCCACUCAUGACCUUCCAGCCUCCAGGGCUCCAGCAGCCACCAAGGUCAGAAAAACCAUCAGCAGUCGAGUUCACGAGGCUGUGAAAGCCAUUGCCCUUGUGCACAACGUGACACCUGUGUACGAGUCCAAUGGUGUCACGGACCAGGCUGAGGCUGAGCAGCACUACGAAGACACAUGCAGGGUCUACCAGGCGUCCAGUCCAGAUGAGGUGUCGCUGGUGCAGUGGACUGAGAGUGUUGGGCUGACGCUUGUAGGAAGAGAUCAGUCCUCCAUGCAGCUGCGGACCCCUACUGGACAAAUCCUAAACUUUACCAUCCUUCAGAUAUUUCCCUUCACCUACGAGAGCAAGAGGAUGGGCAUCAUUGUGCGAGAUGAUUCAACUGGAGAAAUAACUUUCUACAUGAAGGGUGCUGAUGUGGUGAUGGCAGGCAUCGUCCAGUACAACGACUGGCUGGAGGAGGAGUGUGGAAACAUGGCAAGGGAAGGACUGAGGGUCCUGGUGGUCUCUAAGAAGUCGCUGACUGAGGAACAGUAUCAAGACUUUGAGGCACGAUACGUCCAGGCCAAGCUCAGUGUUCAUGACCGUUCCCUGAAGGUGGCCACUGUGAUCGAGAGCCUAGAGAUGCAGAUGGAGUUGUUGUGCCUGACGGGGGUGGAGGACCAGCUCCAGACUGACGUCAGACCCACCCUGGAGAUCCUCCGCAAUGCAGGCAUCAAGGUCUGGAUGCUGACAGGAGACAAGCUUGAGACUGCCACAUGCACUGCUAAGAAUGCCCAUCUGAUCACUCGCAGCCAGGACGUCCAUAUCUUCAGACCAGUGACAACACGAGGGGAAGCCCACCUGGAGCUUAACGCUUUCAGGAGAAAGCAUGACUGCGCUUUGGUGAUAUCGGGGGACUCACUUGAAGUUUGUCUGAAGUAUUAUGAAUAUGAGUUCAUGGAGCUUGCAUGUCAGUGUCCUGCUGUGGUUUGCUGCCGCUGCACCCCCACACAGAAGGCUCAGAUAGUCCGGCUGCUGCAAGAGCGCACAGGCAAGCUCACCUGCGCUGUGGGGGAUGGAGGAAACGAUGUCAGCAUGAUCCAGGAAGCUGACUGUGGCGUGGGAGUGGAGGGAAAAGCGGUUUUCUCCUCGGUUUUCUACUUUGCUUCAGUCCCGCUCUACCAGGGAUUUCUGAUUAUUGGCUACUCUACAAUCUACACCAUGUUCCCUGUGUUCUCACUGGUAUUGGACAAAGAUGUUAAGUCAGAAGUUGCCAUGUUGUACCCAGAGUUGUAUAAAGAUCUUCUGAAGGGUCGCCCUCUGUCAUUCAAGACAUUUUUGAUAUGGGUCCUUAUAAGUAUAUAUCAAGGGAGUAUCAUCAUGUAUGGAGCUCUGCUGCUCUUUGAGUCCGAGUUCGUCCACAUUGUUGCCAUUUCCUUCACCUCCCUCAUCCUGACAGAGCUGCUGAUGGUGGCGCUGACCAUUCAGACGUGGCACUGGCUCAUGAUCGUCGGCGAGCUCCUGAGCUUGGCGUGUUACAUCGCCUCGCUCGUUUUCUUGCAUGAAUUCAUAGACAUAUACUUCAUCACCACCGUACCGUUCCUGUGGAAGGUAACCACCAUCACCCUGGUGAGCUGUUUGCCCCUUUACAUCCUCAAGUACCUGCGGCGACGCUUCUCUCCACCCAGUUACUCCAAGCUGACCACCUAAAAACCUGGAUCAGACCUCUGGCUUUGGACAACGGAAAGAUCCCCCCAUGACUGCCGACUGUGGAGAUCCAGACAGACUGAUCUAUUUUCAUUUGUUCAAAAAGCUCUUUGCAGGGACGGGUUGUUUACUGAGAGAGGGGGGAGUUCGUGUCUGUGGAAAAAGCAGUGACGAUCACUGUGUUUGAUUCAAGGUCUGGUUCAUGAUAUCUGUGUGUGGAGCACCUGCAGUGAGUCGUGGCUUGGAUUAAAAUGACCAGAUUGAACUGGUUUUAUGAAACAUUUAUAGUUAUUGAUCCUCUCUGCAUUAAAAACCUAAAACACAAACAGAAAUGUGAAGAUGUAUAUAUCAUGCAGCUGUU